GCAGGCGAGGAGACACAGGUAUCAUGACCCCGCUCGAGGACAACCUCCACACUGAAUUCCCCAACAAAAGACAGCUUUUCAACUUGAAAAACAUGAUGAGGAAUCUCUAAGGUGGGGGUUCUUCUUUCUGCAACUUGACCACAUUUGCAUUGUCCUCAACCUCAGGGAUUGUUACGGGAAGAUGAGUGUGAAGAGGAAGAAGACUGGACUGGUCAUCAGCUGGCAGAAGUCAUUCACGAUCCUGGCUCCUUGGAGGAAAGGGAAAGGAGACAGAGAUGCGGUGCUGGACAGUGAGGUUGUUCUGACCAAAAUGAAGCUCUUCAAAAACUUCCACGAAAGGCUCCUGAUGGCGGACGACUCAGCAUCCACAAUCUCAACAGUGUCGGUUAUAGAGCAGGACAUCUCGGACCCCACCAAAGCUUCUGAAGUGAAUUCCCAUCUCAGUGACAAGUCCGGGCAGCUUCAGAUGGAGUCUGGCUCAGACUACCUGUCUGCCAUUUUCUCAGACUCUCAGCUGACGAGGUUGUACAAGUUUGAGUCGGAGGACUCUGGAGUAGAGCUGCCCAGUGGCGCUAACUCUCCGUCCACCCAGACAGGCUCUGAGCAGAGCUUCAUGGUCCACAGUCGGGAGUCCUCCUGCAACUCCUGCAACCUGAACUCUGACCCUACCACUCUCCCUGAUGAACAAGUCACAUAUGCACAGAACUCUGAGAUUGAACAGACACAGGACUCAGUGGAUAACAGUCUGAGUACAACAGUGGAUACUCUGGAUAAUGUCUUCAUACACUCAGAGGAACUCAGUUCAGCUGUGAGUGUGGAACUGCACAUAGGUGAGGACGUGGACGGGGACCAGUGCCGGGCUUCAGGAAUCAGCCCUGAAGGAGAUGAGGAAAUGUCUGGACAGCUCGAGGAAAAAUGUGCUGUAACUGAAAGGACCUGCUUAGAAGGAGGCUGCGAUGACAUGACCGCCAAUGACUUUGAGCCAGAGCCUAUAAGGAGGAGUGACACCAGUGACAGCCUGGAGGAGUACAUGGACGAAUGCUGCAGGCUGAGUGAGACACAGCAGGCAAGUUCCAACCCUCUGGGUUCAGGCCUGGGUUACCUCGAUCACAUCUGCCAACUCAUCGAGAAGAUUGGCCAGCUGCAGGAGACCAACCUCCAGCUGCAAAGACAGAUCUGCAGCCUGCAGAAGGACGGCAGAAUGACAAAGACCAGAGAGGACUUUUUCCUGCAUCACUGCAGCUGUGGUGCAGCCAGCCUGGCUUUCCAGGACAUUCAGAAGAGACAGUCCAGAAGUGAGUUUGUAUCACCCAGUGGAACUCUUUCUGACCUAUCCACCAUCCAUGAGAUCACCCGGCUUCCACUCAUACCAACCAGAGGAGACAUGAGCAGUGCAGGUUUGACACCCAUCCCACUAUGGAGGAGAGGCUUGUACCGAAGGAGUUACACUGAGGGGGAGGUCCCCUUCCUCGGGGACAGCACCGAAUACCUCUCCAUUCCCCAGCGCAGGCUGAGUGAAAACUACACAUGGGGCAGAGUCAAAGACCUGGUGAGGAAAACUAAGAUGAGGAACCAAAGCAGGCUGGGACUGACUUCCGCCUCACUUAAGAUGUCCUGCCCACAACUCUACACGCCUGAUCUGGAACCAGUAGAACCUACUUGCAGAAACAGGAACUCCAUGAUAGCCUUGGGCCACCAGAGCAAACUGGACUUCCCUUGGCUACAAUAAACAUUCACGAAGUGCAGACUCUGUUGAACUGGGAAAACAGGAGGAUAUGGUCCAGGUGAAACAAAGACUAUAGAAGCUAAGAGACGUAACUCUGGUGCUUUUUUGUAAACCACCACUACAUGGUGCUGCUGGAGCACUGCUGCCAUUCUGGACUGAAAACCCAAUGAGUCUCUGUUGUUGUUGAAUCUGUAAAUCACAGGAUGAUGUCUUCUGGUAAGUCAACUUCCCAGUACAAACACUAAAAAAGCCCUCAUUUACAUUUUCAUGUUCUAAAAGUUCCAGAGUUAUCUUCCUCGGCAUAAUGAGUGUUUAUGUGAAACUCUAACUGUAUAUUGCAGUGUACAUGAAAGGUAUAGGUGAUAUCAUGAAUAAGACCAUGGUCUACUAUAUGUGUAAAAUAACCUACACUGUGACAUAAUUGAAUGAAUUAUACAUGCUCUGGUGAUAUUCCUUACACUUCUAUAGGUUUACAUUAGGAUGCUGCAAAAUAUGUAGCAAUCCAACUAAUGUGAAACAUUUCAUAACUGUCAUAUAAUGUUUUAGACAAAUGACUGAUUUAUGUAUGAUGUUGCAUAACCAGAGUGCAUGCAGAGAUGAUGUCUAUGGAGAACGCUUUAAAAUACACUUAGGAGAAUUGAACCCUUCAAUAUAUCUGAUUGGAAGAAAAGGUCUUUUAACCAAGGAAAUAACUUGUAAAUCAUAUUUUCUCCACAUAGUGUUUACUCACUGGAAUGUCACAAAUAUAAAACUGUGUGAAACACCAGCAGCUGACCUGAACUGUCGUAGUUUUGACUUUCAGUAGUAUUAUUAAGGUGCCUUCAGACUGGACUGUUUUAGCAGUCCGUGUUUCUUUGCCAGUGUACAGACAUUAGCUGUUGCUAGCUAGCAAUGUACAAAUCGAUUGUUCUCAAAGCCUAUCAUGAACUGUGGUUGUUCCAGCUGUACUCCUUCUGACUGCUUUUGCCUUUGUGUCUGAAUGGUCAAUAACUGAAGUCAGGAUCAUUCAGGAUAAGCUCAAAGUUAAAACAUUUCAGUUCACGCAAUCAAAUCUUUCCCUCAAUUCUUGCCGCGCCGAGGAAAUUUGUAACCUUUGGCAUGUACUUGUGUUUUUGCAUUGACUUGAUAUGCAGUCAAGCUACCUCAAAAAUGUGCCUUAGAUUCAGUCUGAACAUGCCUUUAAAACCAAACCAUUUUGUAUAUGUAGUUGGCGAUGAAGACAGUACAUCUAUACAUACAUCUUUGGUAAACAGAGCAAAAGACACUUACUAUUUUUGCUAUGAAAAAAACUCUUGGAAGAUUGCAAUAUCACUAUAUCACACCUUCAUCCUUGCCUAGGACAACAGAUGGAGAACAAAAUACAAAGAAAUAAAAAAACAAUGAUUUUUUUGCUCUACAGAGUAACCUGAGAAAAUAUCUUUUGAUGGCAAACUUAGUCAAGUAACAAAUACGUAGCAGCUGGUUUGUUGAUUAGAAGAAAGAGCUUCAAACACCGUGGCAGAGCAUUCCAACUCCAACAUUAUAUGUGGUAAUGCUUCAGCAAUAUUGUUUGGUUAUGAUGAUAUGAGGGAUCCUUUAUUAGUGCAUGCUAUUGUACUCUAAAAAGGAAAAACAGUCUUUACUGUAAACUGUAAUAAGUAAAAGAGGGGAUACAAGUUGAAUUUUGUAAGACAUGUUUUUUAUAAAUUAUAUCUGAUGUUUAUCUGCAUGACAUCAGACAACUGUAUAUGUAUUGUAUGUUGCAGUAUGCAUAUUGCAUUCAUAUUUAAAUGUAUUUUUCAUUUAAAAUUAAAUCAAAAGAAUUUACUCAUGUGUGAUAUGAUUUUGUUUACAGAAUUGAUUUUAUUCAUGAGGCAUGUGGAGCGAUAAUAUAAUAAGUUUAAAAAGUUUAGCAUGGAAUUGAAACAUCUGGAAAGAUACAAAGAAAAGAGCGGCUGACCGAAAUAAAGGAUCAAUAGCCAAGGUCCUACAGGCCAUACAAUAAUGCUGUCACAAACGCAUUGAAGGCAGUGAGUUCAAUAAUGUUCCUUAAGAUAAUUGACCAUAGAGUAACCACACAGUCUCUGUCAAACCUCAGCUUUCCAAUCAGCCAGAUGUAUUCAUCGAAUGAAGAGGCUGGUGUUGUCUUUAGAUAUACAGGUGUAACACCUGUCUCAUGUAGCUAUAUAGUAUGUGAAACAGCUGGGUGUAGUAGUACUAUGGGCGGGGCAGUUUUAACAAAGACAAAACAAAGAUUGACAUAAUACUACUACACAAGUUAGGUUGUUAGGGAGAACACACAUGCUAAAUCAUGUACAUAUCAAACAAACUAUGCUCAUUUGCAUGAACUGCAACCUUUGAACUGUAAAGAUUAUGAGUCUUUUAUUGAUAUAACUUGUAUGCACCCAUAUCCAUUUUUACCCAUACUUAUACACUUAACUUGGUUUUAGAAAACUACUUACAUCCUGAUGUCUAAAUGAAUUUGUAGCCAGGUGUGGCGGCUGCAAACUAGCCAAAUCAUCAUUAUGAAGACACUUGCUAUAAUAUUGAGUUGUGUUAACUUUCGUGUCAGUGUGUUGCAGCCGACCAUCCUGGCAAAAGACUGAACAGCUACGUCACACCUCUCUAAGUAGAGCAGCCUGGAUAAUUGGUCUGUGCCAUUCUGCAGAUGCAAGAGGGGUGUUGUCAGGAACCUUUGCAUCUGCGCCACAGCGGAGGAGUGUCUUCACACCCCUGUGAUUGACUAUGGACUGGGCAGCCUUGUAUAUAUUCUGCAGUUAGGAAAUGGUGAAGUGUCCCUUGAUCAGAAGAGCACUCACUAUGUUGUUUAACCUGAGUCCUGUUUAAAUAUGUUAAGUUUAUACAGUUCUUCUAGUUUGGCAGUUUUGCUUGAUUUUGUCACCCAUCCUUAUUAUUGUACAUAUUUUGGGUGAAUAAAAUCCCUAUUUUUCCCACUUUACCUGCUCUCCCAGCUUUAUGCGUACCCUGGUCCCUCACACAGGCAAUACUGUGUAUCAAAUCAAUAAAAGACUAUUUGCUUCAGGAUCAAUAGAGAACAAAUAACUGUGUUGUAGUGCAGGGAGCAGCAGAGACAGGGAGGACACAAAUGAAGACUCCGAUAAGCAGAUAGAAAUAAAAUGCUACAAGCAAAAACCUAACAACAUCAGAGUCUAAAAAGUGGGCAGGAACAGCAGGCAGGUUACAGGUGAACACAACUCCAUGUGACAACAAAGACAAAGUGAGAAAAGACAAUGGGAGCACAACGACAAUAAAUACACAAGGAGAGGAGGGCGAUAACAAGGGACAGGUGAAACUUUUGGGCAGACAAUCACACAGGCGGGAAAUCAAACAAAGGCAGGAAGUAGUACAAGACAAGACACAAGAGGAGAGGACUUUCAAACUAAAACAAGAAUAAAACUAUAACAAAAACCAGAGGACCGUGACCAACU